AUGGCGACUUGGAUUGGGGUGUUGGUAGUAAAGGUGGGAAGGCAUGGACCUGGUACCUCUUUUGUGAAGCAGCAGGUGAGGAGACUCCAGUGCUCACCAUGGCGGACUAAACAUCUCUCUUUAAUAUGCUUAGAAUACAUUCCCAAGAAAGAAGUCAAGAUUGAGAACAAUGAUCAUGUUAAUUUGAAGGUGGCAGGGCAAGAUUGUUCUGUUGCACAGUUUAAGAGUAAGAAGCAUACACCACUUAGUAAACUAAUGAAAGCCUAUUGGGAAGGACAGGAUACACCUGCACAGUUGGAAAUGGAGGAUGAAGACACAAUUGAUGUGUUCCAGCAGCAGAGAGGAGGUGUCUACUAA